AUGGCAGAUAAUGAGGAGGAGUUGUCGAUGCCGAUGCCGAGGGAUGCAAAGAUUAUCGAGUCUUUGUUGAAAUCGAUGGGUGUAGAAGAAUAUGAACCUCGUGUUAUUCACAAGUUUCUUGAGCUAUGGUAUCGGUAUGUUGUUGAUGUGCUAACAGAUGCUCAAGUGUAUUCAGAGCAUGCUAGCAAGUCUGCAAUUGAUGUUGAUGAUGUUAAGCUUGCCAUUCAAUCACAGGCUAACUUCAGCUUCUCGCAACCACCCCCUCGUGAGGUGCUUCUGGAGCUAGCUAAAAUCCGCAACAAGAUACCAUUACCAAAAUCUCUAGCACCUGGUGUUCCACUUCCGCCUGAUCAGGACACAUUAAUCAGUCCCAACUACCAGUUUGCAUUUCCAAACAAAAGGUCUGCUGAACCUAUAGAAGAAACCGAGGAGGAAGAAGCUGCCAACGCCGAUCCCAACCCGUCCUCCCAAGAAGAAAAGACAGAUACUCAACAAAAUCCAAGUCAAAGAGUAUCGUUUCCUUUGCCUAAACGCCAAAAGGAUUGA